CACGCGGGUUUGUUAUGGUGGCAAGUUGGGAGUCGAAGGCAACAGGUAAAUCGGCCGGAACCAGGAACCGUCGUAUUCAGUAGGCCUACUCGUCGGUGGGACUUGGCGAGGGGAUUGAAGAGAAAAGGGUUGGUUGGCCCAAGGGACAGCACGCCGUAAAGCUCAGGAAAUGACCAAUCCCUCGCCCAGAGCGAGGUUGUAAUAAAGAUGCAGUGAUUUGCUUGGGCACUGACUGGGCUCUCAAGCUAGGCUGUGAGAAAUACAAAUUUUGACAGAACUUUGACAGAAUACGGAGUAAAAACCUUUGAGAUUCAAAUGGAGGAGGAAAAUUUGAUCGUGGAGAGAGUGGAUAAUGUUGAUGCGGAGAUUGAUAUGACUGAAAAGGAAAAAGAACGAUCCAGCUAUUUGAAGAUGCUGGGCAACAUCGCAAAUGACCUUGACAGUUUGAUGUGCGACCUCUACCACGUGGAGAAGGGCGAGGAACCGGAAGAAGAACCCGAGGGGGAGGAGCCUCUAAAACCUGUGGGCGUGGCUGGGGCGGAGCAAGGACGUGGUCUCCGAUCUAUCACGGUCAGUUCUGGCGAUACACUGGGCAAGGACUCGUUCUUUUCCUCCACCGUGACCACGAGCCACCACCAGCCAGGGCAGCCGACGAGUUCCAGCCACAGCCUGGCCAGCCUGACGGACGCCGAGCGCCAGGAAUGUGACUCCGUAGACAGUGGCCACGAUGGACGCACGCAGACCGGGCCCUCGCCUCUGGUGUUCGAACCCGGGCACUUUGGCACGCCGCGCAGGGGGCACUCUGCCCAGGGAUGAAAUUCCAUAUCAUUUGAGACUUCCAAGUGCCAUAUUGCAGGCACGGUCCACUCGGGAACUAGCAUCUUUGGAUAUGCUAGGCCAAGACUUCUGGGUGAGUCCAAUCUCUCGCAAGUCCCCAUCACCACAACCAAGCUUUGGUCUACUUCACAAAUCCUGCAGUGAACCAAUCAACAUUCAGCAUCCUAUACCAAGAAGCACAUCACAGGACAGUACGUCAUCACGUUCAGACUCUGACUUUUCCCACUUCAUGCGAGCCCGCAAUAAUAUAGAGGGCGCCCUACGGGGGCAGCCAAAGAAAUUUCUUACGCGUCCUGGUGAAGAUUCUCAAGGGAGUGUAGAGGUGAGUCUUCCAUCCCAACCGUGUUUGCCACCGCAACUCAAUUCAGCAUCAGGGACUACUCCAGGGAUAAGCGUCUCCAGAAAUAAAAACUCCAGUAGUUUACAGCAGAUUUCCUCAUCGAAUCAUCGUCAGUCCUUGCGGGUCGAAAGAAGCGUAAGCCACGAAUCUUGGCUUUUAGCCUCCAGUCCCACAUGCCUUCCACCUCAACCGGAGCUGCCUCUCAAAGCCGGGCAAUCAAAGCAAGCGGAGCUAAGCAGUGCAGAUAUUUAUAGCUCCAACCCCAGCAAUAUCCCAGUUGGUACGAGUUCGGGUCCCCCUCUUGGAGGAAGUUUAGGCCCGUUGCCAGCAGGUGCCUGGCAAGCACAAGGAAAGAGUCGUGCAUGGACACAUCCCAAGGUGGAAGCGCCAAAGGUUAAAUCUAACUUAUACUUCACCACGAACCUAGGCCUUAUGCAGGCGGCGGAGAGCAAUUAUUUCAGCUCUAGCUUGAGUGAUAGGCUCAGCGACUACGAGGACAUUUGGCGGAAUUCUAUCGCUGAGGUUGACCCCCGCACUGCGAUGGAACUUCGUGGGAACUGUGAGCGGGACAGCCAGACUUUUGAUAGCCACAGUAAGCCAAGCCAGAGUCAGAAUGGCUCAGGCAAGACUCGCAGAAAUAGUGCUGGCGUAAGCACGGUCCCACAGUCUGCUUGUGACGCCUCAGCGGUUACGAGUAAUCCCUCGGGGUUGUCUGCCCUGGAACAAGCACGGCAGAUCGCAGGUUCUGUCAGUGAUGAUGAGUGGCCCCCCUUGCCGGUGGCCCAUGUGAAAGGUAUCCAGCGAAUGGAAAAUGUGUUCUCUGACGAGCCUGUGCCCUUGACUGAAAACCCCUCCUUCUGCUCCACUUCUCAGGAGGGGAGAUUUGUUAGUGAGAAGUACAUUGGUAGUAUUCAAAUUCCUAAUGGAGCAUCUCAAGAAAUCAAAUUUGUCACUUCGCAUUCGGUCAAUAUUGGUAGGCCUCCUGUUGUGUCGCAACCCACCAGCCCACCGCCUCAGCCCACCUCAUCUAGUGUAGUAAGAAAUUCCACCACGCCUGUGCAAGAGUGCCGUCAGCUUUCUAAAUGUGUCUUCACCACCACCAUGUCUGUCAUAAUGUCUGAGGGCGGGUCCAGCGAACAGUCCAGCACGCCCACCCACAUAGAACAGUCGGCGAACAUCGACUCGAGCUUCGUGAUUCAGGAGGAGGAUACACGGAGGAAACAGACGGCGACUCCUCUCAGUGUGUUGGGGCGUUUGUCUCGGUUAAAGUCGUCGUCGGAGUCCUCUAUAGCUACGCUGUCCAGCCCGCUCUACGCUGAGCCGGCCGAUGCAGUGCGGCUGAGAGAUAAACACGGGAAGGCUGUGAACAUUCAGGUGAGGCGCCGGUCUGCGCCAAUAGCUCCGACUGACCCUGCAACUAGCAAGCAGAAGGUGUCUCAGAACCCCCAGCUGGAGACAAUAUUCUCUCCCGACCAACAAGACCAAACCCAAAAUAAAUUUACGUUCGAUAAUGUCCAAGCUCCUGUGGCCCUUUCCAGGAGCAUUAGCUUGCGAACAGGCCCCACCCACGAUAAGCCACAGCUUCAGAGAAAGCACAGCUGGCGGGACCGGCUGAACCGGCUGAAGCUGGGGACGAAAGCGCUGACCCAGAGGCUGAGCCCGACUUCCGACCUCAGCCACAGAAAACACUGGAAGCCUCCCAUGGCCAUCACGCUCGGCCUUGACCCUGCAAGUCUGAACGAGGACGUGGCGGGAGCAUUGACCGAGCCGAACACGCCCAGCCACACCAGUCUGUUCCCGGCCAAGUUCCCCGUGGGUCAGGGCGACCCCAGAGUCUCGGUGUUCUCCGAGUCCUCCACGGUGCAGGACAUGAUCUCCUGCGUGCACCCGGAGCUGUCGGUGCGGCCCAUCCCUGUGCGUCACUUGACGCCCCAGAGGGCGGGGCCUCCCUCGGAGUACGACAACCUCCACAUCUACAGGCAGUCCACCCACAGUAGUCAGGGUACAGUCUACUCCCCGCCCUGGGAGUCUGGCAAAGCCAACCAGCUGAUGCAGACAACGCCGUCGCCCACCCUGCCCCCGGCCAUGGACCUGCAGGAGCGCGUACAGCGCUGGCAGGAAGCCAACUCCAGCUACCAGGAAGGGGCGGGGAAGGGGAAUAUAAUGUCAGGGAUGGAUGUGCCCGCGUCUCCUAGGUCGGAGGUCAAGCGAUCAAACCGGCUGGACUCGGGAUCUUCGAUUGAUGGCCAUCAUCAGCAGCAGCACCAGCAACAAGGGAGGGAGAGAGCGGCUUCGAAAUCGUCAGAAUUAACCAGCAAAAGAUCUCAGCAUGAAUCUGAUCAUGUGGGAACAAACCUUACCAGCAACAUCAAUCACAGCAGCAGCAGCAGCUGCAACAACAACAACAAUAACACCGCCAUCCCCAACAACAACAACAACAACAACAACUGCAACACUGACACCAGCGGCAAGAACAAGCCGGCGCUGGAGAGGCUGUCCUCGAAGUGUCCCGACGUGGUGCACUGCCACAGCGUAGCCAACGACUCCAGCUCUCAGGCCGUCCAAUCCUCGUCGGAGCUGGCCGGGUACAGGAUUCCGGCCAUGGAACCAGACGAGACCGAGCAUGUGGAUCAGCAGCAGACUGGUGACCCGGAUACAAGAGGAAACACUCUGAACCCUGACUCACGGCGAAAUUCGAGCAGUAUGAAAAGUCCAGGAGCUAAGAUCAAAGAUUACAUCGUGAAACUUUCAUCAGACACACACACCACCUUUGGCAGCACCAUUGAGAACUUCAUCCAGUGCACGCUGGAGAGCCAAGAGACAAAUCCGCAGCAUGUCAUGAGAAAUGUUCGACAAUUCAUGAACGGGAUCAAGAACUACCUUGUGAAGCAUGGAGAAGGAGAGCUGGAGGACUUGAUUGAGCGGGAGAGAAGCAAGUUGAAAGUGAACGAGAUUCUCAACAUCGAUGCCAUCCUGGAGCAGUCUCUACAUGUGUGUGUCCUCCGACCGGUCAAGCACCAUCUGUACAGGUUGUUUGUGGACACCUACAGCAGAAAUGGAGCUCUUCAACAAUUAUCUGACAAUAUCAAAUAUGCCCGUUCACGAUCUUCUCAAGAGAUUGGUGUCAAGCCUGGACUCCAACUUCCCAGUGGUCAAGAUAUGGAAAGGAUCAAAAGACAACUGGAACUGAUGCAACGGGCUUAUUCGCCUUUACAGAAAUUGGAACAUCUGCUCAAGGCCACCUCCACCAUUUAUCAUUGUGUCCAAGGUAAAGUCCACCAGCUGCCCAGCCGGGGACCGUCCUCUUUAGGUGCUGAUGAUUUUCUCCCUGUUCUCAUCUACGUUAUCGUCCACUGUGGUCUGGUGGCCGCAGAGGUGGAGGCGGACUUCAUGUGGGGUCUGCUGCAGCCGUCGCUGUUGACCGGAGAAGGCGGAUACUAUUUGACCACUUUGUCUAGCGCUGUCCUGGUGUUGAAAAACUUUGCAGCCACUCAUCAGCAGACCAACACCAUGCAUAUAGAGGGUCACCUUCCAACCAUCUCAGACAUGCAAGGCUUCUUGAAGAUCGCCAUCCCGGACGAGGUGCAUGGCUCCAUCACGUGGAAGACACUUCCUGUCAGACCCAACAUGAACACACGGGAUGUCCGUGCUUUAAUUGCUCACAAGUUCAAGGUUACCAACCCACAAGAUUAUGGACUGUUUCUUCUCUGUGAUGGAGUAGAGAGCCAGCUGAAUGAGGCAGAUUGCCCACAGAUUGUCAAAGGAGACCACAAGCUUCAGCACAAGGAUUGCUACUUUGCUUUCAAGCGACUGGAUGCCAAUAUAGCAUGGCCACGGCAUGUGCAACAAAAGGACACCUGAGGCGAGAGUUGCACACAAGUAAGCAAACUAAGCACUCCCUCCCAUCUGCUUUGUGGUUUGGGAAUAACCAACAGAAUCCUUUUGUCCUGUUGGAUGACUCUCCACGCAAUACUCCACGCACAUGGAGAUGAGACAUAAUCUGAAGCCGUUGCAAGUGGAGACAGGGCUGGAAGAAGAGCUCUUUCCUGACGGUGGGACCCUGCCAUGCACUUCCAAUAGACUAACAGUUUUCAUUUGUUCUGUUUGUUUGAGUAAAGGGGAGCACACUGAUGCAGGAACAGUCAUGUGGUGUUGGGGAAGACUGAGACGGACAGAGAAACGACAGAGGGGAAAGAAAAGAAGGAGGUCGUACCAGUGAUGCCAUCCUACAACCUGCCAGUAGUUUUCUGGACAAAAGAAAAAGAAAAUUGGAAAAUAAGGCAGUUUUUUUUCUCUUUUUUUUUGUUUCUGAACGAAAGUUUGUUCCCAUUUGUUACUCAAAAUUUCCAGUCUUGAGCUUUGAGUUUGGCCCAGCACAGCAUUAUUCUCUGUGUACGGGUUGGUUGUGUCUUUUGGGUAAGGUUUAAUAUGUUUUGCUCAAAGACACAUCCAUGUGUCUGUCAAAUCAACCCUGUUUAAGUUUACAGUCGCCAUGAAAGGUGUUUCAAGACUGCUGGACUGAAAUGCUCAGAUGGCUACAAAAAUAAAUGAAGACCAACCAGAUCUUUCUGGUGUCAAGUUUCUGCAGUGCUGCACACUCACGUAAAUGAGCAUGUUCAGUCUUCAUACCAUUUUUUUUGUUUUAGUUGUUUUGUUUUUUUCACUGUAUGAGAUUGAAAACAUGGACUACUUAUUAUGAUUAUGAGGCUUCAUUCAUUAUAAAUUUAGGUACACAAGGAUCCAAAUUUAGAAGUCUAUAUUUCUCUGGGAGAUCAGAAACAAAAUUUUGUCUCUUUCAAUGUUGUUCUUGUCCUUAUCUGUUGUUUUUUGUAAUUGUAACACAAUGGUUUGUGCUCAUUUUAUGUAAACUAUAGCUCAACAACUCUUUUUAUAACAGCAUAUCCUCAGAAAGUCUGGUGUGAUUUCAGUUUUUGUUCAUACUCAUACAAUAAUGCAUUUCAUCACGUGUUUACUAGUCCUCAGCCAGUCAUGUCCAUGACAGGUUUUGAAGUUGUCAGAUAAUUCAUGACACCAUGGAUUUUUGUCGCUCAGUGUAUUCCGUGUCAUUGAAUGCUUGCUCAGCAUAGUACAUAAAUGUACAAUAACUUUCUCCUAGCCUUGGGAACAAUACUGUUAUGUAAAUGUUGUGAAGUCAGGUCUUUAGCCUGACUAAGUUCCUUUUUUACCAUAUGUAUUAUAGUGUAAAUAGGCACCAGUGUUACUUUGGAUCAAGUCUUUUACCGUGCGGAUGUCAAGAUAGAUAGCAACAGUACAACAGCAAUGUGUGAGCAUGUACUAAAUCAAAUGUUGUUUAGUAAUUUACACAUGGAUAUCUGGAUCAGUAGCACUGUGUUUACAUCAUGUAUGCCUUUCUGCUUUCAUUAGUGCUUGUUCACACUUUUUAAGAAUUCCUCCUGUCUUUUAAUGAUAUGUAUUAUCAAUUACGAUGUCUGAUUUUAUAUAGCAUAGAGUAUAUAAAGUCAAUGCAAUAUGUUCCAAUUUGCUUUUAGCUUUCUGGUUCCAUCCAUGGGGAUAGGCCUCUAGAUUGACAAGGGUUUUUGUUACAAUUGGUCACCAGUACUAUAAGAAAGUCUUGUGUACUGUACAUGAAGUGGAGACACAGCUUUCCUGUUUUUCAGUUUCUUCAAGAGAUGAAUUGUAAGAAUCGUGUGAGUUCUCUCACCAUCUGACAUUUGUCUUGUGCUGUGCGUCAGCUCCACCUGCCAUCGUGGAAGCCUUUGGCUGACUCUCAUUUUAAUAUAACAACAGCAGUUAUCUGAGAAGAUGUGAGUUGGCCUCUCUAUAUAUAUAUGUAAAUGUACAACUAUUUGGAAAUUGGAAUAAAGUAGUACAUACAACAUUACAACCAUGAGUUUAGAAAAUUUAAAGAAUAUAGGAGUUUGUAAUCUCAAACCAGAGUAGUAACAAUUCCCUGGUGAUUCGUUUGUAUCAGUUGAUUUUUAUGCUUUCGUGUGAAGAUCCAAGUUGUAUUUAGAAUAUUUUAUAUUCAUGCUUGAACUAGAAACAAGGAGAAACAGGACUAAGAAUAAUCCUAAUCAAAAAGCUGAAAUUGAAAACGGUUUCUGUGAAAUUCGUGGAUGAACUUGAUGAGAUCAGGGUCUGUUAAUUAUUGUGUCAUGGUUGAGACGUUUGAACUGCUCUUUUUAAAUGUGUGUGUCAUAUCUCUGUGAUUUUAUCAUGUGUGAUGAAUGUGUAAUUGCUAAGAAUUUGUGCCAUUUUUACUUUUACCCAAAUAUUCACAGCAUUUUUUUUUCUUCCCCACAACCAUCUAACAAUUUUGAGUUGAAAAUUGUGUAACAUGGAUAAGUCUUUUAACAUAUCUUCUUUUUCAGCGGACAGGAAAAAGGACUAUUUGUGCCAUGAAGUCACUGUCUGUAGAAUUUGGUGGUGACUUUACUGUAUUCUGCCUACGGUCUAGGGAAAGCCAUUCCUUUCUGUGACAAGCUUAUAUUAAUUAAGAGGAUUGGGCUUCUACUUCUAGGUAUUUGUACUUAUUAAUAAUGUGAAAUAAAAAUUGCUUGCUCUAUGCAUUUAUAUAAUGUA